AUCUAUAUCGGCUACUAGUUGUUUUCUAGCACUUUUGCCAGUCUACGGCCGGAGAUGGCAGCGCUUAGGAUUCUGUUGGCGGUAGCAGCGCUGGGCGCGCACGCGCACUCCGCGACGCUGACGACACGUCAAGAAGAUGUCACACUCUCGCUGGAGCCCCAACUCACUGGAGGCUUCGCCUUGGCGAUUAUCAAGGACGACGAGCCAAUCUUCCAAGCGUCUAUCGGCCGUACCCUCGUGUCCACCUACGUCUCCUCCCAGGAGAUAGAAGGAGGCAUGAAACUGUCCUUACCUGGAGCUGAACUGACUGUCCACACUGUCAUGGACGAGGCAGCUGGGGCUAGGGGAGUCAAGAUCAUCUGGGACGCCAACGAACAGACCAGGCUGGAAGACUGCUUUGAUUUUGGUACUAAACACUGGUACGCUGGCCCAAUGCAGCUCACCCAAACGUACCCGAUAGAGAAGUCCACCCAAGUCUACGCUCCCUACUACACCAAGGAAAGGGACAACGGAGCCAUCAUGGAGAGAUACUGGCUCAACUCCGCCGGAGAAUACAUCUACGUCCACCCUCAAGUCCCUCUGUUCAUCGACUAUAACAAUAUUACUAGCAACCACAUGUGUUUUGGAGCUCAAAUCGCUGCACCGUACUCGACAAAGAGGAACCAUACUGAGCUCUCAUACGAUUUGUGGUUCCUUUCUGAUGUUAAGGCCGCUCACAAGCAUGCCUUGAACAACUAUUUAGGCUGGCCGUCUGGAGCACCAGAUUUCAGAAUGAUUCAGCAUCCUAUUUGGUCUACGUGGGCUCAGUUUGCUAGAGACAUAGAUGAAAAUAAUCUUAAAGAGUUUGCUGAAGAGAUAAAAAGUCGAGGUUUUGCUAAUGCGCAGCUAGAAAUUGAUGAUCUUUGGGAGAUCUGCUACGGGUCUUUGACGGUGGACGAAAAGAAAUUCAGUGAUAUGAAUAAGUUUGUGCAGGACAUUAAGGCUAUGGGUUACCGCGCUACGAUUUGGAUACAUCCCUUCAUUAAUCAGAAUUGUGAGCCGUGGUAUUCUAAUGCUUUGGCGGCGGGCUACCUAGUGCUGAAUGAAGACGGAAGCCCAGAUACCUCCUGGUGGAACAACAACGGUUCGGUGGCAGCUUACAUCGACUUCACCAACCCCACCGCUGCUGAAUGGUGGUACCAACGAGUCAAGCUGAUCGUGGACACUUAUGACAUCGACAGCCUGAAGUUUGAUGCUGGAGAAGCUAGCUGGUCUCCAGAGGUGGCAGUCCAGACAGGCGACGUAGAGCUCCACCCGCACCACAUCACGCAGGCGUACGUGAAGACUUGCGCGAGAUUCGGCGACAUGAUCGAAGUGCGCACCGGAUUCCAAACCCAGACCCUCCCAAUCUUCGUGCGCAUGGUGGAUCGGGAUUCCAUCUGGGGCCUCACAAACGGCCUCUCCACCGUCAUCACGGCCACCUUCCAGAUGAACCUGAACGGAUACACCAUGGUGCUGCCUGACAUGAUUGGUGGCAACGGGUUCAACUUGGGAAACCCUGAUUCCGGUUUGCCAACGAAGCAGCUAUUCAUCAGAUGGGUGGAGGCUAAUACUUUCCUCCCAGCCAUGCAGUUCUCCUUCGUACCCUGGGGUUUCGACAAUGAGACAUCGGAAAUAAGUUUAAAGUACACGAAGCUGCACGCCGAGUACGCCACUCAAAUCCAGGCCGCCAUGAAUGCUUCAGUCAAAGACGGACGCCCCGUCAACGGCCCGCUGUGGUGGAUCGCGCCGAAUGAUGCACAAGCGCUCACUAUCUGGGACCAAUACCUCUUAGGAGAAGACAUCAUAGUCGCGCCAAUCCUCGUGGAAAACGCCACGUCCAGAGACAUCUACCUCCCCGAAGGUGAAUGGCUAGAAAAGGGAGACAAGAGCAUCGUCCACAUCGGUCCAGGCUGGAUCAGAGGCCACAGUGUACCUAUAGAUGACCUAGCGUUCUUUGUGCGCAAGACUGAGCCAGAUGCGGCCAGCCAUAGCCAAGUUUCGGCCAUUUUGCUCAUUGUAGCUUUGGUGCUUGGAUUUUUGUACGCCCAGUGACUGGCGUAAAAAUGUUAUUUUUGUUUGGUUUAUUAAUGUAUUUGGUGAUAAUUGUUUGUAAAUACUUAUAUUUAUUGUUAAAGAUAAGAAAUAAAAUAAUUUAUGGUUA